AAUAUUGAAUACAUGUUUGGCAUUGUUGGUAUUCCAGUCACCGAAAUCGCAAUUGCAGCCCAAGCAGUUGGAAUAAAAUAUGUAGGAAUGAGAAAUGAACAAGCUGCCUGUUAUGCUGCAUCUGCUGUUGGAUAUUUGACUGGCAGACCAGGAGUAUGUCUUGUAGUGUCUGGUCCAGGCUUUUUACAUGCCCUUGGUGGGAUGGCAAACGCGACCGUGAACUGCUGGCCUUUGAUUGUUAUUGGAGGCUCUUCUGACAGAAAUCAGGAAACCAUGGGAGCUUUCCAAGAAUUCCCUCAGGUUGAAGCUGGUAGGCUGUACAACAAACUGUCUGUCCGCCCGAGCAGCCUAGAAGCUAUUCCUGCUGUUAUUGAAAAGGCUGUAAGAACCAGCAUAUAUGGUCGUCCAGGUUCCUGCUAUAUUGACAUACCUGGGGAUUUUGUGAAUCUUCAGGUGAAUAAGAGCUCUGUCAAGUACGUGGAAUGCUGCCUGCCAGCUCCCGUCAGCAUGGCUGAAAGCUCUGCUGUAUCCAAAGCGGCAUCUAUCAUUGCUCUUUCCAAGCAGCCUCUGCUCAUCAUUGGCAAAGGUGCUGCUUAUUCGCAUGCUGAAAACAACAUCAGAAAGUUGGUGGACCUUUGUGGACUGCCUUUUUUGCCUACACCAAUGGCAAAAGGAGUAGUUCCUGAUAACCAUCCAAAUUGUGUAGCUGCAGCAAGAUCAACGGCAUUACAGCAUGCUGAUGUAAUCAUCUUGCUUGGUGCAAGGUUGAAUUGGAUUUUGCAUUUUGGUCUACCACCGAGGUUUCAACAAGAUGUAAAAGUUAUUCAGAUUGAUAUUUGUUCAGAAGAGCUGGGGAAUAAUGUGAGACCAGCUGCAACUUUAUUAGGUGACAUAAACGCUGUGACUGGACAGCUCCUGGAAGAAUUCAGCAAAAGAUCAUUGAAAUAUCCUUCUAAUUCAGAGUGGUGGAAAAGACUAAGAGACAAAAUGUUGAACAAUGAGGAAAGAUCAAAGGGAUUAGCAUUACAGAAAUCCCUGCCUAUGAAUUAUUACACAGUCUUCCACCACAUCAGAGAACUGAUACCCAAGGACUGCAUCUUAGUAAGUGAGGGAGCAAACACCAUGGACAUUGGACGAACUAUGCUUCCAAAUUACUAUCCCCGUCAAAGGCUUGAUGCAGGUACUUUUGGAACAAUGGGAGUUGGACUGGGGUUUGCUAUAGCAGCUGCAAUGGUAGCUAAGGACCGAACACCUGAAAAGCGAGUCAUCUGCAUAGAAGGAGAUAGUGCUUUUGGAUUUUCUGGGAUGGAGGUGGAGACUAUUUGCAGAUACAACUUGCCAAUCCUGAUUAUCAUCAUAAACAACAAUGGGAUUUACACUGGUUUGGGUGCAGAUGCCUGGAAGGAGGUGUUAAAGUUUGGAGAUCCUGCUACAUGUGUGCCUCCUGUGUCUCUCCUGCCAAAUUCACACUAUGAGGAAAUUAUGUCUGCCUUUGGAGGUAAAGGAUACUUUGUUAAAACACCAGAAGAAUUGCAGAAUGCUCUGAAAGCAAGCCUGACUGACAAGCAGACACCUUCUCUUAUAAACGUAAUGAUUGAUCCACAGUCCGACAGAAAGAAACAGGAGUUUCCCUGGCUGACUCGUUCUAACCUGUAG